UUCCCACCCACAAUUUGUGUGAUUGUGAUUUUGACUUCUUUAUUAUUUAAUAGUUUAUAAUAUUUAUGCACCGUGAACCUGCUGCUGCGCUCGUGAUUCGCGUGACGCGAUAACGGCGCGCUUGGCUCGCGCUCCCGGUUUCCAGAGACAGUGACGCUGUACGCCAUUCUCCGCCGAUGACAUCCGAGAGCGCGCGCGCGUGUUUCACUCGACCUGGCCUGCGCGCGUGGCCAGUCGUGCGCGCUCCCGUUACCCGUGACUCCGUACCCGGUGAAUCGCGGGACACACACACAUACACAGAUACACAGAUACACACACACACACACACACACACACACCUCUCGGUCUUAAUUAUUUAUUUAUUUUUGCGCGUUCGGACGACAGGUGCGCGCGUCUGUGAGCCCCGGGGGCAAUUAUAAAGAAGAAGAAGAAGAAGAAAAAGAAGAAAAAGUCAACCGUGGAAAGUGAAGUGAAAAAGCCAAGUCGCGCGCAGAAACGGUGCCGGUUAUGUAACUUGGAACGGGUCAGACGCCGUAAACGCUCCGGUGUAUGUGUGAGCGUGUAAGAGUGUGUGUGAGUCCGAGGAUCGGCUCGUCUUGAACACCGGUUCUGCCGUUCCUGAUGGAAUCCCCGUCAAACAUCAGCGUACCUUUUCCAGAUGAUAAGCUAGCAGCUGGUGUGGACAAGAAAAGCAACUGAAGCUACCUACAAGCCAGUGUUGGUUUGGUGGAGAAGGAAGUAGAAGAGGAGGAGGAGGAGACCUGAGAGUGCGAGUGUGUAAAGUGUUUAUUGAAAGUUUGAAUGCUGUGAAUUUGCAAAUGGGAAACUACAGCCUCCACAAAAGGCCUGGAUAGGGAGCGAGCAUGGACAAGCUUUCCGAAUUUGGUGUCCUUUGUGCGUCCAGCAGAGGGGAAUGGGAAACUAGCAGCUGUGUGGAUGAUUUUCUGGAUGAAGAUGAGAAAGACAGGGCUAAAAGGGCGUCACGGAAUAAAUCCGAGAAGAAAAGACGAGACCAGUUCAAUGUGCUCAUUAAGGAGCUGUGCACCAUGCUGCAGGGCCAAGGCCAUCCACGCAAGAUGGACAAGUCUACCAUCCUGCAGAGGACCAUCAACUUCUUGCAAAAGCAAAAAGAGAUCACAGUGCAGACUGAGACCUGUGAGAUUCAGCAGGACUGGAAGCCUUCAUUUCUCAGCAACGAGGAGUUUACCCAGUUAAUGCUGGAGGCUUUGGAUGGUUUCCUGAUUGCACUCCGGCUGGACGGGAACAUUGUCUAUGUGUCUGACAGCGUCUCCUCUCUCAUUGGGCAUUUACCGUCAGACAUGGUGGACCAAAGCAUCCUGAACUUCCUGCCUGAGCGUGAACAUGCUGAGGUCUACAAGCUGCUCUCAGCAAACCUGCUCACAAGCGACCCCAUCAGCACCGACUUCCUGGAGGGCAAUGAGACCCAUGUUGAGUUCUGCUGCCACUUAGUCCGAGGGAACAUCGACCCCAAAGACGUGCCCACGUACGAGUACGUCAAAUUUGUCGGAGACUUCAAGUUCCACAACAGUGUGCCUGCAUCGUCAUGUAACGGCUACGAGCUGAUGUUUCCUCGAUCACUGCAGACCUCACUGGAGGAACAGAUGUGUUUAGUGGCUACAGUCAGACUGGUCACACCUCAGUUCCUGAAGGAUUUGUGCAUUGUGGACGACCCAUGCGAUGAAUUCACAUCGAGACACAGCCUGGAAUGGAAGUUCCUGUUUUUAGACCACAGAGCCUCCCCCAUCAUCGGCUACCUGCCAUUUGAGGUGUUGGGGACGUCGGGGUACGAUUAUUACCACGUGGACGAUCUGGAGCUCAUCGCUCAGUGUCAUAAACAGCUGAUGCAGUGUGGAAAGGGGAAGUCGUGUUACUAUCGCUUUCUGACCAAAGGGCAGCAGUGGAUCUGGCUUCAGACGCACUAUUACAUCACCUACCACCAGUGGAACUCCAAACCUGAGUUCAUCGUGUGUACACACACUGUAGUGAGUUAUGCUGUGGUCCGGGCAGAAAGGAGGAGAGAGUACGGUCUAGAGGAGACCUCUGAUUUGUGCAACAAUUCAGUACAGGGGCAGGAGGUGUCUGUGGAUGUUUGCGCUCCUUUGGACGCACUGCGAGACACGAUAAGCAGCGCUCGAUCAGCUUCUUCACACAGCUCGCGCAAAUCCACACACACUGCACCGUCCGACUCGGCAUCAAACUCUUCGGUCAGGUAUAAAGAAAGCUGCACAUCAUCACGACAUUCAGCAUCUGUAGCAACUGAGAACUCAAACAGGCUCAGCCACGGAGCAUCGAAGACCCUGAUUCAAAGACAGGCCUCAUUGGAGCCUCCGCCCCCCUCCCCCAGUGACCAAGCUUCAGCCAUGCACCAGGCGGCCUGUGCAGGUCCCCCCCAGCCUCAGUUAGGAGUGAUGCACCAGCUGACGGAGCACCUGGAGAAACGGCGCCUCAUCCUGCAGAACGACAUCAAAAGCCAGCAACAGGAACUUCAUCACAUCAAAGAGAAACUUCAGCUCGCUAACCUGCAGAUGUUGCUGCAGCAUCCGGUUCAUGUGGAUUUUCCUCAGCAGGCUUCUGCUCCAAACAGUCAGUCAGGAGUCCUGCAGCACAACAACACACACCUCACCAAACCCUCACACUGCACAUCACACACAGCGUCGUCUUACACACUGCACCGAGAGCAACCCAGCAGCUCCACUACACAGCAAAGGCUAACGCAGAUGCAAAGCGUGUGUGUCCCGGUCCAAACACACACCAGUCUGACAAUGCCGAUUUACAGCAACCCAGUGAUGUUCUCGCCGAGUCCGGGAUACCACAACACGCAGGACACACACCACACGCAUCACGCACAACACAUACAUCACACCCAACACACACACCGGCAAGCAGACACAGACAACGGGCCUGACGGACAGCUGAGGAUGCUGUUAAACCAGUCGGUACAGAAUAUGGUUCCAGACUGCAGUGGAGCACCGACAUCACACUGCAGCACCACCAUCCAGCAAACCAAAUAUUUGGACCAGCAGAUGAUGGCCUCCUCUUUGCCGGUGCAGCAGGUCAGCUGUAAUGCUGUUCUUGUCCCCUCCCCUGUGUUCACGUCACCAAUCAUGAUCUCCCACAACAGUUUUAUCAGUCCUCAAGCCCCGCCCACUUACACACCCAGCCCCCAGGGCAACCAGCAGGGCCUCCACAUCCAACAGCAUCAGCAGCUCUUUCAGAUGCAGCCACAGGGUCUGAUUCAGAGUGGCCCGACUCAGGCCUUUUUCCACACAACUAACAUCCAACCUCAAAGCACUGUGGGAUACAUACAGCACCAACAACUACACCAACAUCAACAGCACCAUAUUUCACAUUCACAGUCGUCAGGUUACAGAAACAUUCUUCCACGGUAGCCCCCCUCGUGUGUGAGGGCCGGAAAGGCCUCCGGGAUAAGCUCAUGGAGCAGUCGGCACCGUGGCCCAAGAGGAGAGGAUUCUGGGAAGGCAGAGCGUGUGAAGUUCACCGACAAGCCUAAACAACCCCACCAAAGCCGACAUCCCCCUGUGCCGUAAAAAACAAAACAAAACAAAAAAACGUAUAGUGUGGCAGAUUGAGGAGCUCCGCCCCCCCAGACGCUUGUGUGGCUGUGGGAGGGGCAAGCUAUACAAAUCACAGGACAAGCCACACCCCUUGACACUCAAUAAAGGUGCCAUGAGGUAACAGAAAAUCUGUUAAAAGAUAAAGUGCUUUUGUAAAACAUACAGUUUUAUAAAUUAUGUGUUUGAUUCGU